AGGGGGGGGGGGGGACAUUGCAUGAUAGUCUUUAAGCAGUUCCAUCUGUCCGGCAGAAAUGUCAGCCUAAUAGCCUGUAGCGCUUCAGCCCACUGCCCUCACUCUCUCUCUACCUGACUCUGUCCUAUUAAAUCUCUCCACUCCUCCCCCCAAAAAAGAGAGCAGAAAGUCAGGAAAAUAUAAGAACUUGUGCAGACCUAAGUCAACGGGCUAGUGGUGAUGAUGAUAAUGAUGAUGAUGAAGAACAAGCCCUAAUUAAAGAGGGAGAAAAAAAGGACCCCAGGCACUCAGUGAUGUGGAAAAAAGGCUCAUCAUUCUGGUGUAUUUUCUAAAGACGGCGCGCUCUCUGAGCAGAUGACUGCCACUCACCUUGCCACGGGGUCUGCUUGAGAUUGGUUCAUUGUCAAGAUUUUUUUAAAUAUUUUUUUACCCAUGAUUCCAUAUGGUAUGGAGCAGGCUACAUGUUUCCCAACAUGCCAGUGCGAAUGUUUUCUCAAUUAGGCGUCUUAUCUCCGGUGAGUGCGCUAGCAUCAGAUGGAACUUGCUGACAGUGUAAUGGCAGGCAAAACCACGGAAGGCUCCAUCAAAUGGCAGCUCUGCUACGACAUCUCAGCCAGGACUUGGUGGAUGGAUGAGUUCCAUCCUUUCAUCGAAGCUCUGCUGCCCCACGUGCGAGCGUUUGCCUACACAUGGUUCAACUUGCAGGCCCGCAAGAGAAAGUACUUCAAGAAGCAUGAGAAGCGCAUGUCUAAGGAAGAGGAGCGCGCGGUCAAGGACGAGCUGCUCAGCGAGAAGCCUGAGGUCAAGCAGAAGUGGGCAUCACGCCUCUUGGCCAAGCUCCGCAAGGACAUCCGGCCAGAGUUCCGGGAGGAUUUUGUGCUCACGGUCACCGGGAAGAAGCCCCCGUGCUGCGUGCUGUCCAACCCCGACCAGAAGGGUAAGAUGAGGAGGAUCGACUGCCUGCGUCAGGCCGACAAAGUCUGGAGGUUGGAUCUGGUCAUGGUCAUUUUAUUCAAAGGUAUUCCCCUCGAAAGUACUGAUGGCGAAAGGCUGGUAAAGUCCCCACAGUGCUCGAACCCAGGGCUGUGUGUGCAGCCUCAUCACAUUGGAGUUUCUGUGAAGGAGCUUGACCUCUACUUGGCCUACUUUGUUCACGCAGAUGGCCAGUCAGAGAGUCCCAACCAGCAGAGUGAGUCUGAUAUCAAGGAGCAGCCUGAGAACGGACAUCUUGGCUUCCAAGACAGCUUUGUCACAUCGGGUGUCUUCAGUGUGGCCGAGCUCGUGCGAGUCUCACAGACCCCCAUCGCAGCUGGGACGGGUCCUAACUUCUCGCUGGCCGACCUGGACAGCUCCUCCUACUAUAGCAUGAGCCCUGGGGCAAUGAGGCGACCCUUACCCAGCACCUCCUCCAGCAGCUCGGCCAAAAGGAUCAAGUGUAUGGAGGACGAGGUGGACAGUCCAGGAGAAGAGUCCUACUACCCAGGUCAAGGACGCUCCCCGGGCAGCGGCAGCCAGGCCAGCAGCUGGCACGAAGUGGAAACUGCUGGAUAUAAACUGCGUGGCUCGCUAGCUAGUUCGUUCAUCUCAAGACAAGCGAGUCCCCACGCCACGCCGUCGAGCCUCCACUUCCCCACGUCGCCCAUCAUCCAGCAGCCCGGCUCCUACUUCUCCCACCCGGCCAUCCGUUACCACCCCCAGGAGAGCCUCAAGGAGUUUGUCCAACUUGUCUGCCCCGACUCAGGCCAGCAGGGAGGACAGGUGGGCUUCCUUAAUCCUAAUGGUAGCAGUCAGGGGAAGGUCCACAACCCAUUCCUGCCCACCCCCAUGCUGCCCCCUCCACCUCCGCCCCCCAUGGCACGCCCUGUGCCCCUGCCUGUGCCAGACUCCAAACCUCCUUCCACCUCCACUGAGGGAGGGGGCAACUCCCCCACCUCGCCAACCUACUCCACACCGAGCACGUCCCCAGCCCAGCGCUUCAUCAGUGUGGGCCCCCGAGACCCCAGCUUUGUAAAUAUCCCUCAGCAGCCCCAGCAGCUUUUGGGGUUGGUGAAAGCACCAUGCUGCUCUGCCGAGUGCUCAGGGCCAUCUGCAGUACGAGUACAGCAGCAGAGCAUUGAAACACUGCCAGGGUGA